GAAAAAACUUCUUUACCUGGAAAGACCAUUUGGCGAGCUUCAGAAACGCUGGUUCCUUUUUGAACAAGGUCGACCAAAUUAAAUCCAACAGGCUACCGAAGAUGAGAUUUUGCUCGGGGCCAGGAGGUAAGCGAAAACGGGAAACUUACCGUGCAGGAAAAUGCGGAUUGCGGAAACCUUAAAAUACGCCGUGUUCUACAUUUAUUCGGUAUGGCAUCGCAGAUUUUAGUUGACAGCCGAUAUUUGUAAUUGAAGUUUCAAAUUUAUUGUCGACGAAAUUUGUAAAUAUUACCUGGAUUGGGGAGCAAAAGAGCAGUUUACAUUACAAUUAGAGUGGAACUGGAUUGUUGAUAAAAUAUUUGGGUUGAUUUAAUGUAUUUACAUAUUUGACAUUUCUUUGUAUAUAUUUUAAUUUUGUUUCAAUGAUUUCUUUGGGUCCAUUCUUUCACUGAGCCACUUUUUGACUGUAUUUAUCGAUUACUUUUGUCUUCCUACUAUUUAAUAGCCUGCAACAAUAGUCCAAAUCUACUAGAUAGCUGAAAAAGAAUAGGAGUAAAUGUUUGCUUGAUUGAUUCAAUUUCAUUUGCAUGUAGCAUAGUUCAUGAGUUAAUUUAAACAAAAUGUCAAUAGAUUUAAGUUGGGGUGCAUCAAUUGGGAGCCAAGUGUUGGCUGAAAUAAGUUUACUAGAGGCAAAUGCUAAGUGCAUGGAAGACUGUGAAUGUUCUCCAUCUCUGUCUACCAACAACACAUCUAUACUUGCCAACUCAAAUCUUUCUUCAUCAAUGUCUGAGACCAGUGCUGUGAAAACUAAACCAAUUUUAAACUUGUCACACUCCUCAAGUAAUCAAUUGUCAAAUGAUACCAAUGUCAGUUGCUUGACAUCUGUUGCUGGAUUGUUGGGUUCAAAUCCAUCUGAAAUGAAAACAGGAACUUCUUCAAAUAUGGAACACAGAACUAAUUCUCUUUCAGUGUCUAUUCAUUCACCUCUGUCAUGUUCCACACCAGUUGCAAAUUCAGCAGCUAGCCUACGCAGAGCCAGCCUGCGUUCCAGCUCAGUUUUAAAACUCCAGCUACAAAAUUGGGGCCUUCCCUCAGCAGUUGUACAGAAAUAUGCGGAAAAGAAAAUAACGACAUUAUUUCCCUGGCAAGUGGAAUGUCUCCAGACUGGAAAGGUGCUAAGUGGAAGCAAUUUGAUCUAUAGUGCCCCUACUUCAUCUGGCAAAACCCUGGUUUCAGAAUUACUGAUGCUGAAAACCAUAAUUGAUUCGAAAAAGAAAGCGAUAUAUAUACUGCCUUUCGUGGCUGUUGCGAGGGAAAAAACGCGAUUUUUAAAAUACGUCACGGAGGACAUUGGCAUUCGAGUUGAGAGCUUCGCUGGAUCCAGCAGCCCACCAGGCGGCCUGAAAAACUGUGAUUUAGCAAUUUGCACGAUAGAAAAAGCAAACAGCCUCAUCAAUAGGCUAAUUGAAGAUGGCUCUCUCGAUCAAUUGGGUAUAGUCGUGGUCGACGAACUUCAUCUCAUUGGGGACUCUCACCGUGGAUUCCUUCUCGAAUUAUUGUUAACAAAAAUUUUCUAUGCCACGUCACGGAAUGGAAAUCGCUCCCGAAUUCAAUUAGUGGGAAUGUCAGCCACCUUGCCGAGUUUGGAAGUUCUUGCGAAAUGGCUUCGUGCAGAUCUCUAUCGGACGGACUUCAGACCAAUCGCAUUGAAAGAACAUAUCAAAAUUGGAAUCGAUAUUUUCCACCCUGACUUCCGAUUAGCAAGAAAGAUUGAUCCGAACCGUCUUGUUCCUAACGACAUUGAGCAUUUAAUUUACUUGUGUCUAGAAACCAUGCUUGAUGGCCACUCUGUCUUGAUCUUCUGCCCAACAAAAAACUGGUGCGAAAAAAUGGCUCAAAAUAUCAGCACAGAAUUCUUUAAUCUGGGCUCUAGCACAACAUCCCACUAUGGUAUCAUACUCCGCCAACAGCUGAAAGGAGAUUUACUCGCUCAAGUCCUUGAACGUCUAAAGGCUACACCUGCUGGAUUGGAUGCAGUUCUUGGCCAAACAAUUCGUUUUGGUGUAGCUUUCCAUCAUGCGGGUUUAACGUCCGAAGAAAGAGAAAAUAUUGAAACUGCGUUCCGACAUGGUGUUAUCCGCGUUUUGGUUGCCACAUCAACUCUCUCUUCCGGCGUUAAUUUACCUGCCCGUCGAGUCAUCAUUCGUACACCCAUGUUCCACGGAACGGUAAUAGAUCCACUAGUCUACAGACAGAUGAUUGGGCGAGCUGGCCGCUUCGGUGUAGACACGGACGGGGAUAGUUACCUGAUUUGCCAACCAUCUGAGAAGCAUCAAGUGCAGCGAAUGUUUAACGCUGUGCCACCAGCCUUAAAAAGUUGUUUGCUGCUAGAUUCCACGUCGGCGACCGAUCCAUCCCUGGCCGUUACCUCUAGUAUGAAGCGUGCCAUGUUGGAGGUCAUUGCUACGGGUUCAGCUUCUACGGAAGACGACUUGAAACUGUAUGCCUCAUGUACUCUCCUUGCAGUUUUGAAUGACGUGCCAGAUGUGGCAAUUCAAGCUUGUGUAGCUUGGUUAGUGAGCAAUGAGUUUAUUCGGCGACAAACAGUUGAGGACGGAAAGGAACGAUUGACCCCUACCCAACUGGGUUUGGCCUGCCUGGCUUCAUCGCUAUCCCCAGACGAAAGCUUGAAUCUUCUAAACGAACUGAAAACAGCAAGAAGAGGUCUCAUUCUAGAUAGUGAUCUACAUCUUGUUUACCAGAUCACACCCACUUACGUGUCCGACCAGAUGACACAGAUUGAUUGGCUUCAUUAUCUCACGUUGUGGGAAGAACUGAGUGAAAGUCAAAAACGGGUAGGAGAAGCGGUAGGCGUAGAGGAACGAUUUCUGGUACGGGCUAUGAAGGGUACGGUUACCACAACUGCUCCCCGACAAUCACGACAAAUGGCGAUCCAUCGACGUUUCUACACAGCUCUUGCGCUUCACGAGUUAAUGAACGAAGUCCGCCUGGCUGUAGUGGCUCGAACCUACAAAAUGAACAAAGGAACCCUACAGUCGUUGCAACAGCAAACAGCCACCUUUGCUGGAAUGGUCACUAUCUUCUGUCACCGCCUGGGAUGGAACACACUCUAUGUUCUACUUGAACAUUUUCAGUCUCGCUUACUGUUUGGCGUACAACUGGAACUCUGCGAUUUGAUGCGGUUACCAUCCAUGUUGUCGCACACGGCAAGAUUGCUUUAUGAUGCCGGUUUGACAAACGUGUCAGCGGUAGCCACGGCAGCGGCAGAAAACAUAGAAGUGUUGUUGAAGAAUGCGUGCCCUUUUAAGAGCGCAAAGGAAACUGAAGAAGCCAAAAAAUUGGGGGAAACUGAUGUCAACGCUCACGACCUUGUUGCCGAAGCCCGAAAGCUCUUACAGCUAGAACUCGGUGUAAAAAUUCAAUGGAGCGAUAAAGGCAAGAGCGAGCCAGCAUUACCAAAACCAUCUCAAGAGAAAUUUAAAAGGCCUUCUCUUGUUCCAAAAGAUUUCCCUAGUCCAAUAGGAAAAAACACUUCCAUCAAAUUGUCAUGUACUAACUCUCCUCUAGCCUCAACGCCGAUUUUCGAAGAUACGCCAAUCCCUCAGAAAACCGUUACACCACCAGUCAAAACAAAAUCUGCAACGAAGGAAAAUGUCAAACCAGCAGAUAUUACACCUGACAUGUUUGCAGAGUCGUCAGUAAAUUCUUCACAUUCGUUUGCAGUCGAAACGUUACAACAAUCACCCACAAAUCAAGCGGUAAUACAGGUACUGCCUCGCACUCCACUCACUAAAGCUGCCGGAGUUUUGGAGAGUCUCAGAUUAUCCGACGAUGAAUUAUUCGACACCAUAAGGACGCCCCCCUUUGUUGCCUGUGCAGAAAAAUUGGCACCGGUAACAGAAAAGCCACUAGAAAAAUACCUCAAACGACGCGUGUCGACGGAUGACAUUUCGUUCUUGGAUGCUACCCCUCCGCCUCAUCAAUCCAUCGGAAAACUCGCAAACAAAAAAAGCAAAAUCUCUACCACAUUGGCUUCUCCACUCCAACCCCAUUCCAUUUGUCAGUCUCCACUUGUUUUGUCCUUCUCUUCUGACGAUAGUUCUAUCAUUCCAUCCAGUCUGCCUGUUCCAAAAUUCAAGAUUAAUGAAAUCACAACAAGUUCUCGAGUAGAAUUGUUCAUCAAGGAAACGAUGCGACAGAAUUGUUUGGCCAUCAUGGUCUACAAGGAGAAAAAUUCUAUCUUGGGCUUAGCUGUCGCCUGGUCUUGCCUGAACGUGAACUACAUCCAGCUCAGAGAGCGAUUUGAUUCUAGUCUGGAUGUAGCCAAGGUUUCCAAACUGAAAUAUUUGUUCGAAGCUCUCAUUCGAUUGAAAGUUGAAUUCAUUGUUUAUGAUAUUCGAUCGACCACAGGAGACCUCAGAUCCUUAUUCCACCAUUUGCUCAACGAAAUGUUGUUUCGCGACGUUGAUCUUUGCCAAUGGCUUCUGGAACCGUCCAACCCUUCAGUCAGCCUACAGAAACUCGUUAGGAUGUACGGUCAACAAGGUUCACCUACCAAGACGUAUAGAGGCCGUGAGAAAGUGCUCCACGAAUGCUGCUCUCUGCUAGACAUUUUCCAUCAGAUGAAGCAACGCCUACAUCAAAACGAAUUAUUGCAAUCUUUGAUUGAGUUGGAGAUGCCUUUGGUAAUGCUAAUGUUAAAAAUGGAAGAAAUGGGAAUCGCUUUCGACCGUUCUAGUUGUGAAUCGGUUUUGCAGACACUGCGCGAGCAUUUGAAAAUGCUAGAAGAGACAGCUCAUCGUUUAGCUGGUCGUCAGUUUUCUUUGUCUAGCUCCAAAGAAGUAUCUAAAGUCAUUUCGUCAUUGAACCUCUGCAUCGAAGAAAAAAAUCCCCAGUCGUUCAUCAAUCCGUUAAAAAAGAGAUACCAACCACCUUCUACAACCAAAACAUCUUUAGUCAAAUUAGGCCGAAUCCAUCCCCUACCCAAACUAAUAGUCGAAUUUCGAAAAGUCAGCGCUAUUGUCCAAACCAUCAUCUGCCCGUUAUUACAAGCGUCGACGUUUCACGUUGAUGGAAUUGAACGGAUAGCAGGAGAAUGCGAAUUCCGCAACGUUACGGGUCGUGUUAAUAUUGUCCAACCGAAUUUGCAGCACAUUCCGAGACCAUUCCCACUUUCAGAUGGUAGGCUGAUUAACGUUAGAACUGCUUUUUAUGCUGUUCCAGGAACUAUGUUGCUUUCGGCGGAUUAUUCUCAGUUGGAACUUCGAAUAUUGGCGCAUUUGAGCGAAGACGCAGGUCUUUGUUCUGUUCUUAGCCAACCCGAUGGCGAUGUUUUCCGCGGCAUUGUAUCGGUUUGGAAAAAGAAAAAGCAAGAAGAAGUCAGAGACGAUGAAAGGCAACAAGCGAAACAAAUCUGCUACGGGAUUGUUUACGGCAUGGGAUGUAAAAGUUUAGCCGAACAGUUGGAAGUCGGGGAAGAAGAGGCUCAACUCUUUGUUAACACUUUCCACGCAACGUAUCCUAGUAUACAAAGCUUUAUAACAAACACAGUUAACCAGUGCCGCACGAAUGGAUUUGUGGUUACGCUUCUUGGUAGAAGAAGAUUCUUACCAGCCAUCAAUAGCAACAAUGCAGUUCAAAGAGCUCAAGCGGAACGGCAAGCAGUGAACACUAAAAUUCAAGGUUCAGCAGCAGAUCUAGUGAAAACUGCCGUAAUUCUUCUGAAUCGUUCGUUAAAUGAGAAACUGGCUGAUGUUCAUUUGGUACAUCAAAUACAUGAUGAGUUGCUUUUCCAGGUACCAGUAAAAAGUAUGGAACGCGCUGCUCGUGUAGUGCGGCACUGCAUGGAGACGGCUAUUCCAAUGAAAAUUCGCUUGCCAGUAGCUAUUAAAACUGGGAAAACAUGGGGAACAAUGGAGCCCUACAAAAGCUAAUUAUCUGUGAUUCACAAUAUCAACCACUUGACUCAUGAUCCUAAUUCACCAAGUCUUCGUCUAGGGAGUGGCCAAGACUUUUUUUUGUGUUGAAAACCCGCAGAGCAAAACCGUCGUAAUGCUCGUGCACCUUCGUGAAAUUGGACUACAAUUAGUGAAUUGAAAAGUAUUGCAUGCAUAAAUCUAUAUAUUUUUAAAAUUUUCACAUGUUUGUGGCUCUAUUGUUAUUCUUUACACGAUUAUUAAUAA